AUGGAAGGCACUGACUGGGCUGCUGGCGCUAGCGCCACACCUCACGCCUGGUCUCGCCUAAACAACAAGGUACCUUGCCUACGUACCGCCAGAUUCAGAUUCGCCCAUCCUUCCAUUUCAUCCACUCUUGCGGGCUUCCUCAAUCUUCAAUCUUUCCUCUCGUCUCGAAAUCGACGACACGAUCCUGUGAACAACGCUACCUCGACGACGCACUGCAAGACGCUCAAGAAAGCCCUCGUCGACGCCGUGAUCGAUUCCCCUCACAGAUUCGCUCUCUAUUCCGCCGCCCACUGCGGCACCGCGCGGCAUGGUCACCAAGGAAUUCCUCGACUCGGACAGAGUCAACUUCCUCGUCUGGAGGAGAGCCCUCAUGUGAUUGCUAACGUGCCGUACCCUAGAUACCUACUGGAAAGCAACUACCGAGAGACCGCAGCCAAGUUCCAGAAGGAGUGGCACGUUCAGCAACCUCAUCGCCAAUUUGACUUUGCAAACCACGUCAAGAGUCAUGCUUUGGUAUCCGUGAUCAACAAAGGUCUCUGCUACCAUGCCCUGGAACGGGAACAUGCAAAGAAACUGGUGCCUCAAGAUGCGUCGGCGGCGGCCGAAGCAUUGCAGGUGGGGUUGUUUGGCCCAUUGAUCUCUCAAGCGCCUCAUAAAAUCGAGGAGGAUGAGGAUGCGGACGGGGAGGUGGACGACACAGAAAUGGAGAUGGAAAACUCUCGAAAACGCCAACUUGACAGCCGGCCACAGCAGCACUUGGUGAAUGGCGGCUCACCCAGCAAGCGGCCCAGGCUCAGCAAUGGGUACGAAAGCACGAACGGGGCGGAUGCAGCCACGGACCCCAUGGAGCUAGACAACCACGGGGACAACAACCACGCCUAUCCGUCGCCCCUGGAAGGCGAGCAAGCUCCGACGCCUACUCCGAGGACAGACGGCCCCGAACAGGGCACUCAGGUCGACAAAGUCCAGGAACUGUCGACUGAAACGACAUUUUUACGAUUACUGCCCGAUGACACCACCACAACCAGCAACCCUCAAGAUGGCGCCCCGACAACAGCGACCGGUGCCGCCUCGCCCUCACCAGCUAACGGCGAAAACGCACCUAUUCUGUUGCGCUGCGAGUGGAACCCCAAGGACCCAUCAAUCUUGGCGGCUGCUGGAACCGAUGCGCUAGCCCGAAUCUGGACCAUCUCACGUUCAAGCACUAUGACGCCUGUGCCAGCUUUUGAGUCCGACGGUCACGUGCAUGGCAUUCAUCGCCCUUACCACAACCUUAUUGACGACGAAACCCCCAAGUCGGCCACAGUUGGCCAACUCGCCUGGAACUGGGGGGGAACUGCCAUUGCCAUCGCCGCUGAGUACGGCGACAAGGCAUCUGUUCACAUUUGGGCCAAGGACGGCUCGCACGUCGAUAAGUUCGACGUCUCAGACCCUCCCGUGAUAAAGCUGCGUUGGAGCCCAAGCGAUGCCGCUCUUCUGGCCAUUGCCCCCGACAACAGCAACGUCAACGGCAACGGCGGCGCUCUUGUCAUGGUCUACCAUUCAUUAACCUCCAACACUCUGUCGUACUUCUUACCAAACCACGAUCUGCUCAAUUGGCCUCUAGACGCGGCAUGGACAAGCGAAACAGAGUUCCUCCUCACUGGCGGUGACGUGAUGCUGUCGCUGCGGUGCACUGAGACGGCCAUCCUGCCGAACAAGAAGUUUGAGAGCAGGGAUGACGACACUUUUACCCAAGUUGUCUACGACUGGCGCUCAAAACUCGCUGCCACAUCAAGCGACAAGGGUAUCCUUGAUCUCUGGGACGAAAAUGGCCAGCGCAGGUCAAUAACGGCUCACUCUGGUGCCAUCACCGCAUUGCAAUGGCAACCUCUGCCAGCCGACUCGAACACGCCCGAAGAUGAGCGCCUCAUCGCAACCGGAGGUGAUGACUGCGCCAUUCUUAUUUGGAACGCAAAGUUCCCGGAGCAAGCCAAACCCAAGUCUUUCUUGACAAUGGAAUCACCGAUUGUCGCCGUUUCCUUCACACCAGACGGUGCGUUUAUCGCUGGAGCCACGGCCGGGCGCAUCCUCAUCUGGAAGGUCGGAGAGCACACAAUGCCUCGUGCCAGCUGGAGCAGGGCACCACAUCCGGGCUGGCUCAGCCCAAAGGCCAAUUCGGAGCCCGAGGAAGAGGACGAGCACUGUUUAUGCUGGGACGCUGAUGGACAAAGACUCGCAUACGGAGCGAACAGCCGACUUGCUGUCAUCAACUUCAGUCGGUAA